UCAUCGUUUACCCAAAAUUCCACAGGACACCGUAAACAGCGGGCGGGCAAUAGGAACAUUAGCAACGCGUGCUGAUCCUUGCCGCACAUUUAUCAUAGUUUAAGGAUUAAAAGUUAGCCUGCGCUACAGUUUUGAUUUGAAAUCGAAACAUAUGCGACACGCAAUUAUCUGCCGUGAGUGGGAAGCCUAUAUUUAGAAGGCUAGCAGUAGCUUACAUGUGUACCUGAAGUCGGCAUGUGAGCGGUUUCGUUUUGUAUUAAUGUCAUCAGAGGUAUAAUGUCUGGCUUUAACUUUGGAUCCGGGUCUCUUGGCACCGCCAAUACCGGUGGUGGAUUUACAUUCGGGACAGCUACCAGUGCACCUGCUGCGAGUACGGGUGGCUUCUCCUUUGGAAGUGCUUUGGGUACAGCUGCAGCCACUCCUGCGUCCACCGCUAGUACCACACCAUCACUCGGUUUGGGAGGAGGCCUGUUUGGUCAAAAGCCCUCCGGUGGGUUUUCUUUCAACACACCUGCUGCGGGUGCUACAGCACCAGCUGCUGGUCUCACACUAGGUGCAACUCCAUCAACGACUGCAACUACUGGUUUCAGCCUGGGCUUCAGUAAACCCACCGGAUCAGCUGCGCCCUUCUCGCUCACCACCUCCACAGCAAACACUGCAGCGUCAGCCCCCGGAGCAGGUUUAACUUUUGGAUCUGUCCUGACUUCCACUGCUCCACAACAGCCAGCAGCCACAGGCUUCUCCCUGAAUCUUGGUGGCACUACUGUCUCCACGGCAGCUGCCACUAUUCCAUCGCUUGGCGGAGGACUUUUCUCCAGCAAUGUCUCUAAUGCUGCAGGUUUGGGUACAGCUACACUUGGUGGAGGAGGGUUGACUCUCGGUUCUCUGUUAUCAACUUCUGCGGCCACAUCAACAGCCCCUGCACCCAGUGUUGGCUUGGGUGGGGUUGAUUUUAGCACCUCAUCUGAGAACAAGAGUGAUGCAUCAUCUGGUGUAAAUGCCCAGGACAGUAAAGCCCUAAGAGAUGAGAACCUUCCCCCGGUCAUUUGCCAAGACGUGGAAAACUUUCAAAAAUUUGUGAAGGAGCAGAAGCAGGUACAAGAGGAUAUCAGCAGGAUGUCAUCGAAAGCUAUAUCUAAGGUCCAGGAUGACAUCAAGACUCUGAAGCAGCUACUUUCUGUCAGCGCCAGUGGACUGCAGCGACAGGCUCUGGCCAUUGACAAAUUGAAGCUGGAGACAGCACAGGAGUUAAAAAAUGCCGACAUAGCCCUACGCACUCAAAAGACGCCUCCUGGUCUUCAGCACGAGAACACAGCUCCAUCAGAUUAUUUCCAUAGCCUGGUGGGUCAGUUUGAGGUGCAGUUGCAGCAGUACAGGCAACAAAUAGAAGAGCUGGAGAACCAUCUUACAACCCAGAGCAACGGCUCUCACAUCACUCCUCAGGACCUGACGAUGGCCAUGCAGAAACUAUACCAAACGUUUGUUGCGCAGGCAGCACAACUCCAGUCCACCCAUGAGAAUGUCAAGAUUUUGAAACACCAAUACCUUUCUUAUCGCCGUGCCUUCCUGGAAGACUCAACUGACAUCUUUGAAUCCAAGCGCUUGUCUAGCAGGAAGUGGCAGAACACACCGCACAUCACAACUGGUCCUGCUCCAUUUUCCAGCGUGCCGAACGCCGCAGCUGUUGCCAUGGCAGCUACGUUGACGCAGCAACAGCAGCCAACUCCAGAAACACUUAUGAGAGUAAAAGUGCAUCCUCUCUGUGUCGUAGGGGGCCAGGCACCCUUGGGGGCAGGGUUCGGAAACCCCUUUGCCUCUGCCGUGGGCUCUAGUUUGGGCUCCUCUACUCUGGGAGGCUUUGGUGGAGGACCUGGGUUUGGUGGUGUUGGGACUGGAGGUUCAUCCUUUGGCUUUUCCUCUGCAAGUAAGCCCACUGGAGGAAGUCUGAGUGCAGGUUUUGGAAGCAGCACCAGCUCAGGCUUCAACUUCAGUAACCCCGGCAUCAAUCCGUCCGCGGGUCUGACCUUUGGAGUGUCCAACCCUCCUGCCACAGGGUUCAGCACCGCAGGUCAACCAUUGCAGCUCAAGAAGCCUCCUGCUGGAAAUAAGAGGGGCAAGAGAUAGAACAGAGAAAGCUUUUAGUUAAGGUUAACUGAUAAGUGGAGGUUCUGUAGCCGGAGUUGCUCAACUUCCCAAAAGCAUAUUGGUGUUCCAAAAAAAGAAAUAAAAAAGAGUUAUCUGCUAAAACGUUCUUGCUGCCUUAUUUGUCGUUUGAUUCACCUUGAAUAGGUUAACAACUCAACCACUUGGCACUCGUGCUCAUUUGCUAAACAGAUGGAUGAUGCUGUUCCUUGGACCAAAACAAAGAUUGUGGACUUUGAUAAAAACAGGAUAAAACUUCUUUAUAGCACAAAAAAUUCUUUUGGGAAAUAUACUUUUUUGUGAUCAUAUUUUCCUUUUAGAAAUGACAAUUAUAGAAGACAAAAACAAUAUUUAGAUUUUUAAAAAAUGCACAUUUGUAAAAGGAAAAUAUAUACCCACUGAGCUGAUCGUGACUCUCACCUGUUGUUGUGUUACUGUUUAAGUUGUAAUCAAAUGUGUCGAAAUGCAUGGGUGUGCUGUUCCCUAGUGUUUCCUGCUGUCCGUCUCACAGCUCACAUUACUUUCAACAAGGGAGAUUCAAGAUCAGCUGGAUUAUAGUGAACACAGUUUAUUUUUCUAAACAGUGAAGCGAUGAUGUUGGAAGGCGACUAAACAAUCGGCUUCAUGACAUGCUUGUUUUUUGCGCUGCAUUUUAGGUUCUGAAAUUCCAUCCAUGUUAAGUACUUUUAGAAACAUUGUCCAAUGAAGAUGUCACAAGUGUUGUCUGAUUUACUGUCCAUGUGGUCCAUAAAUGUAGAUGCAUGAGUGCAUCUUGCACAACGAUUGUUCAGUUCUGUCGCAGUUUUGAACCGUCAGUGAGUUUUCUGUUCGGCUCGGUUACAAAACACCAAUGGCUGUAAUGUUUUCUAAUCGCAGUCUGUGUACCUGUAUUUUCCUGAGUCUGUUUAAUAAUAAA